AUGGCAUGGUUGGUGCUCGUGGCCGUUCUCUUCCCAUCUCAGGCAGGCGCAUCGUGCCUGCCAGAGGCCAUUGACAUCGCCGAGCGGAAGUACUUGACCAAUCUCUACGGCGAGUCCUACCCCAUGGGCGUUUAUGUCGGGAACUGGGAUGCAUCCUUCCUCACGAGCCACCUGCUGAAGAUCAUCGUCGAGGAGCGGAUGGGCUUCCAUGCUGAGGUGACGGGCCCCGGCCCUGACACCCUGAGUUGCUUCUACGCGCUCCUGGGCUGCAAGGCCCCUGGCAACAGCAGCGACAGGGGAUGCGGUCAGCCGGUGACCUACAACCACAUCAACCUCGAGGCAUGGUCGGAAGGCUAUCAGAAUGAGUGGAAGCUCAUCCAAAGUCGGUACGCCUCCAUGGCUCCUGUGGAUGUGGGCAGCAUGGGCUACGAGGGCGUCUCUUCACAUUUCAUCCGCCAGUCGGUGCGGCGCCAGGCUUACCACGAGGGUGGUACUGUGCUGGACUUCUACCGAGGAUGGAACAUGUCCUGGAGCCAGCCGUCGAAGUACUUCGAUGACCUCGCUUCCAUAAGCCGCAGCUUGCUGGUGCCCUGUGCACAGACUCGCUUCAUGUCGACAGAAGCGAACCAGAUCUAUCUGCGAAUCACAGGUGACGAGGCGGGUGUCGAGACGCUCCCUGAUGGCACGCUUGCCGCCGUUUGUCCAGACGACUACUUCUGGCUCUCUCCGACCUGCCGCGACGAUUCGACUCGGUGCGUGCCGUAUGUUACUGGUGGCACGGGUUGGGGUGUGGAUGACAUCAUGCAAAAGGUUACCAGCUAUGACAUGCCUGUUGCCAUUGGGGUUGCAAGAUCAUGGUCGACACUACCUCGAGACGUCAAUAUGCUCUUUUACUGGUGGGUUCCAGAUACUACGUUUUUGGAUCUUGAUCCAGUCGAGAUCGUGUUUCCUCCGUAUGACUUCCGUGCAUACACCAGUGGCGACAAGCGCACUGUGGCUGCAUCGACCGCCAUUACCAAGAUCGUCAGCCAAGACUUGGUCACCUUAGCGCCCUCGGUGGAAGACCUCGUGCGGAACUUGAGAUUAGGCCGUAACGAUGUCAUGAACAUGCUGAAGGACAUGCAAGACACCGGGGACUCUUAUGCGACCGUGGCGUGCCGCUGGUUGCAGUCGAACCCUAGCUGGCAGGAUUGGCUGCCGGACCGCACCAAAUGCUCCCCCGGCUUCGGCCUCUACGACACGACGCAAGCGGCCUUUACUGGCACACGCGCAGACCCGACCUUCUUGGAGUGCCGUGCUUGUGUGUCCGGAAGGUAUUCAGCUCAGUUGCAUGACGCCGCAGGAAUUACCCAUGUGUGCGAGUUCUGUGCGCCUGGAACUAGCCAAGCAUCGGGUGCAGCCCUGCAGUGCGAACCGUGCGAACUUGGGAAGUCACAGAACAACUCCGGCAGUCAAGCAUGUAAUCGUUGCAAAAUCGGUGAGUACCAGGAUGAGCCAGGUUCCAGCACCUGCAAGGUUUGCCCAGGUGGCACGACCCUCGGCUUGGGAUCCUUGUCACUUGAGGACUGCGGCUGCCCGAGGGGCUUCAUUGAUGCCUCAGCUAGCACGACGAACCUGAGCUGCGUCGAGUGCGGGGAAGGCUUGGACUGCCCAGCGCUGGCCACGCUGCGCGGCCUUGUGUCCGGCAGCUCGGACCUUGGCCCGGAGUUCGUGGCGAGCAUCUUGCCCGGAUUCUACAGCAACAUGGCGGAGCCGCUGGACCUGUAUCGCUGCGUCGAGGCUGCUGCAGGCACCCGCUGUCCAGGUGGCAUCCCUGCAACUUGUACGGGGCUGCUGAACAACACGGCCUGCACCGACUGCCCCAGCGGAAGGCACUGGGACAGGUCUGAGGGACAGUGCCAGGAGUGCACGCCCUGGCAGCAACUCGGCUGGGUCCUCGCAGUCGCGGUGAUGUUGUCUGGCCUGGUCAUGGUCUACUACAUGAUGACUGCUCAAAGCACGGCCAAGGCCUCCGUGCUUUUUACAACGACGUGUGCGUUCGGCAUGACCAUCUCGUCGUUACAAUCCGUCGGCAUCAUUGGGACGAUGACUGUUCAAGUUCCCGAAGCUAUGAAGGCCAUCUAUGCAUUUCUUCAGGUCUUUCUGCUGGACUUCGAUAACUUUGCUUUCAGCUGCGUCGCUGGUGGUUCUGCCAGUACUCGUUACAUUGUGUCGGUUCUUGUCUUCCCGGGUGCUGUGGGCUGGCUCGUGUGCUGCUACUACAUCUCCAAGCUCUCGCCCAAGAAGCUGCGAUGGGAAGCCGCCAAGGCGAAGAGCACCAUCGGGGCCCUGCUCCAGCUCUCCUUCAGCACGAUGAGCACCAUCUCCAUGGCACCGAUGAUGUGCUUCAGUCACCCGAAUGGCGUCUUCAGCCUCUUGAAGUACCCCAGCAUCACCUGUGGCACGGAGGAUCACACCGUCAUGCUCAUCUUCGGUGUGCUGCUCCUCCUGCUGGGCGUCAUGGGCUUCCUGGCGGCAUGCACCUAUGCCGUGAUCGUGGUGCCGAGAUGGAGCAGGGAUGGGCAGCACGCAAAUGUGAAAGCCUUCAGAUUCCUUCUCUUCCGCUUUCGGCUGGACUCCUGGUGGUUUGGAUUGCUUUUGCUGUUGCGGGGUCCGCUGAUGUCCCUCCCGAUCGCGCUGGCGACGGACUAUCCGCCCAUCCAGGUCAUGUGUGUGAUGCUCGUGUUCUUGGUCGUACUGAUCAUCCAGUCGAAUUCCUGGCCAUGGAAGGUGCCGCUUCUGAACGUGCUGGAUUGCUUCAUUGGCUUCUGCAUCACCAUGCUUGUGGCUGCGAACUCAUUCUACCUGGGCGCCCUCGAGGGUAGCAUGAAGGACUUCGCCGAUGCAGCGGGUUCGGUGAUCAUGGGCAUGAUGGGAGCCGCCGUCGCUUUGCUCUUCGUCAUGACCGUCUGUGCCUUGACUUUCCGGGCGGCGCUUGGCGGGCAGAAGGAGCUCAUCGCCUUCAACCUCCAGAGGACGCCGGCGCCCAGCCUGGUUGCAGAAACCCUGCAGUCCAUGUCAGCCAAGAUCGCAGAGAUGGAUCGCGCAGGACUGGCGAGGGCGUUGUCGGCGCUGGGAGUUUACGACAACAAGUUGCUUCUGGCAUCGGUGUCUUUGCUCGACACAGAGGUCGUUCAGUCCGAUGCCGAUCAGACGGCGAAGAGGUUCUGCUUCCGGAUCAGCUCCGCUUCCUUCGGGCCACCGCCAGCCCAGAAUCCUCCUGCCAAGAACGUGCCGAGCGCAACAGAAGCAACAGAAGCAGAGACAGCCAAGGAAGCCGAGGUCGGCCAAAGUCCCAAAAGCCCCAGCGAGGGCGACCUGUCUCCAAGCAAUGUCCGCACAGAAGAGCCCAUGGCCAACGCAGCAGAACCUGGUGGAGUUUCGGGUUCAAGGAAGGAACCCCGUUCGUUGUGUGAGGACACGCAGCAGGCGUACAUCUAA